GGCUCCGCCCCGCCCCGGCCGGGCCGCCCGGCGGGCGGAAGAUGCUGCGCACCGGGGGCCGGUAGUACUAUGAUUUGGUAUGUGGCCGCUUUGGUAGCAAGUGUGCUCGGCGCCCGCGGGCUGCCCGUCCAAGGUGCCCUCGGCUCGAGGGAGGAGCCCGAGUUCGUGACCGCUCGCGCUGGCGAGAGCGUGAUCCUGGGAUGCGACGUGAUCCACCCGCUCACGGGACAGCCCCCUCCCUAUGUCGUGGAGUGGUUCAAGUUCGGCGUCCCCAUCCCCAUCUUCAUCAAGUUUGGGUUUUACCCUCCCCAUGUCGACCCAGAGUAUGCCGGCCGGGCCAGCCUGCACGACAAAGCCUCCCUGCGCAUUGAGCAGGUGCGCUCCGAGGACCAGGGCUGGUACGAGUGCAAAGUGCUCAUGCUGGACCAGCAGUACGACACCUUCCACAACGGCAGCUGGGUCCACCUCACGGUCAAUGCUCCCCCCACGUUCACGGAGACCCCACCGCAGUACGUAGAGGCGAAGGAGGGCAGCAGCGUCACCCUGACCUGCAUGGCGUUCGGGAACCCCAAGCCCAUCGUCACCUGGCUCAGAGAGGGAGACCUUUUGGGUGCCAAUGGCAAGUACCAGGUGAGCGACGGGAGCCUCACGGUGCUCUCGGUCAGCCGGGAGGACAGAGGUGCCUACACCUGCCGGGCCUACAGCAUCCAGGGCGAGGCUGUGCACACCACGCGCCUGCUCGUCCAAGGACCUCCUUUUAUCGUUUCCCCUCCGGAGAACAUCACAGUCAACAUCUCCCAGGAUGCGCUGUUCACCUGCCAGGCCGAGGCGUAUCCUGGGAACCUCACCUACCUGUGGUACUGGGAGGAGGAGAAUGUCUACUUCAAGAACGACUUGAAGCUGAGGGUGCGGAUCCUGAUCGACGGGACGCUGAUUAUUUUCCGUGUCAAACCAGAGGAUGCUGGAAAAUACACCUGUAUCCCCAGCAACAGCCUGGGCCGCUCGCCAUCAGCCUCUGCCUACCUGACAGUACAGUAUCCUGCCCGUGUGGUGAACAUGCCCCCCAUCAUCUACGUUCCCAUCGGGAUCCACGGGUACAUCCGCUGCCCGGUCGAGGCGGAGCCCCCGGUCACGCUGGUCAAGUGGAACAAGGACGGGCGUCCCCUGCGAAUCGAGAAGUAUUCCGGCUGGAACCUGCUGGAGGACGGGUCGAUCCGGAUCGAGGAGGCCACUGAAGAUGCUCUCGGCACUUACACCUGUGUGCCUUAUAACGCCCUGGGUACGAUGGGCCAGUCUCCCCCUGCCCGACUGGUACUGAAGGACCCCCCCUAUUUCACGGUGCUACCAGGCUGGGAGUACAGACAGGAGGCAGGGAGGGAGCUGUUGAUUCCUUGCGCUGCUGCAGGAGACCCCUUUCCCAUCAUCGCCUGGAGAAAGGUCCUCUCGGAAACGGGGGAACCGUCUGCCUUGCCACGACCGGAGAGACCGGAUCCCCUGCCGGUGGCCGGCGGUGUCCCCUGGGCCGCGCAGGUAGGGAAGCCCAGCAGGAGCAAGCACAACACGCUGCCCGGCGGGACCCUGCAGAUCCGCUCCCUCGGCAAGGACGACCACGGCGAGUGGGAGUGCGUCGCCACCAACAUCGUCGCGAGCAUUACUGCCAGCACCCACCUGACUGUCGUAGGGACAAGCCCUCACGCCCCGACCAGCGUGCACGUUGUGGCCGCCAUGACCUCAGCCAACGUCUCCUGGGAGCCCGGCUAUGACGGUGGAUACGAGCAGACUUUCUCAGUUUGGUACGGCCCUCUGAUGAAGAGAGCCCAGUUUGGACCCCAUGACUGGCUGUCUCUCCCUGUGCCAGCUGGUUCCAGUUGGCUACUGGUGGAUACCUUGGAACCAGAGACUGCUUACCAGUUCAGUGUCUUGGCUCAAAACAAGUUGGGCACCAGCUCCUUCAGUGAGGUGGUCACUGUGAACACUCUAGCAUUCCCUGUAACAACUCCAGAGCCUCUGGUGUUGGUUACCCCACCGAGGUGCCUAACAGCCAACCGGACACAGCAAGGCGUCCUCCUGUCGUGGCUCCCUCCCGCCAACCACAGCUUCCCCAUCGACCGCUACAUCAUGGAAUUCCGCGUGGCGGAGAAGUGGGAGAUCCUGGAUGAUGGCAUCCCGGGCUCCGAGAGCGAGUUCUUUGCCAAGGACUUGUCCCAGGACACCUGGUACGAGUUCCGUGUGCUGGCGGUCAUGCAGGAUCUCAUCAGUGAACCCAGCAACGUCGCUGGCGUGUCCAGCACAGACGUUUUCCCUCAGCCUGACCUGACGGACGAGGGCCUAGCCCGCCCGGUGCUGGCUGGCAUCGUUGCCACCAUCUGCUUCCUGGCUGCUGCCAUCCUCUUCAGCACACUCGCCGCCUGCUUCGUCAACAAGCAACGCAAACGCAAGCUCAAGCGCAAGAAAGACCCUCCUCUCUCGAUAACCCACUGCAGGAAGAGUUUGGAGUCCCCGUUGUCUUCCGGCAAGGUGAGUCCCGAGAGCAUCCGCACGCUCCGUCCCCCCUCGGAGUCCUCUGAUGACCAGGGCCCGCAGGCCAAGCGGAUGCUGAGCCCCACCAAGGAGAAGGAGCUCUCCCUUUACAAGAAGACCAAACGAGCCAUCAGCAGCAAGAAGUACAGCGUCUCCAAGGCGGAGGCCGAAGCCGAGGCCACCACUCCGAUCGAGCUCAUCAGCCGCGGGCCGGAUGGACGCUUUGUCAUGGACCCGGCGGAGAUGGAGCCCUCCCUGAAGACACGGCGGAUCGAGGGCUUCCCCUUCGUGGAGGAGACGGACAUGUACCCCGAGUUCAGGCAGUCAGACGAGGAGAACGACGACCCUGUCGUCCCCACCUCCGUGACCGCCCUGAAAGCCCAGCUCACCCCUCUGUCCUCCAGCCAGGAGUCCUACCUUCAGCCACCAGCAUACAGCCCCCGGUUCCACCGGGCGCUGGAGGGUCCUGGCGCCCUGCAGGCCACCGGCCAGGCCCGCCCGCCGGCCCCCCGGGCUUUCCACCACCAGUUUUACGGUUACCUCAGCAGCAGCAGCCCCGGGGAGGUGGACCCGCCGCCCUUCUACAUGCCAGAAGUCAGCCCGCUGAGCUCGGUCAUGUCCUCCCCACCACUGCCCCCCGAGGGGCCCUUCGGACACCCCACCAUCCCCGAGGAGAAUGGGGAGAAUGCCUCCAACAGCACGCUGCCCCUGGCCCAGACCCCCACGGGGGGCCGGUCCCCCGAGCCCUGGGGCAGGGCCGAGUUCCCCUUCGGCAGUCUGGAGCUGGCCCCUGCGCCGUUCCCCCACCAGCUCCAGCCCUGCGAGGCGGCCGAGGGCUCCCAGCCCACGGGCUGCCUUCCUCGGGGGCCGCCCCCCUCCUCCCUCCAGGUGGUCCCCGCAUCCUACUCGGGCAUCCUGCCCCUGGAGGCACCAAAGAGCUGGACCGGCAAGUCACCGGGCAGGGGUCAAUCCUCUGUGCCCACUACCACCAAGUGGCAGGACAAACCUAUGCAACCCAUGGGAUGUCAAGGGCAGCUAAGACAUACCAGCCAAGGUAUGGGCAUACCCGUGUUGCCUUACCACGAACCGUCCGAGCCCGUCGGCCCCAGCGGCACAAGCACAUUCAGCCUGGACACCAGGUGGUACGAGCCCCAACCCCGACCUCGGCCCAGCCCUCGGCAGGUCAGGAGGGCUGAGCCCAGUUUACAUCAGGUGGUGCUACAACCUUCAAGGCUUUCUCCUCUGACCCAAAGUCCCCUGAGCUCCCGCAACAGCUCCCCAGAGCUGACUGCCCGCGCCCGGCCCCGCCCGGGGCUCAUCCAGCAGGCAGAGGUGUCGGAGAUCACGCUGCAGCCGCCCGCGGCCGUCAGCUUCUCCCGCAAAUCCACGCCGUCCUCCACGGGAUCUCCGGCGCCGAGCAGCCGCGGGGACAGCCCCAGCUUCCGACCGACCACCGCCUUCACCCCCGUGGGCACCGGCUUCUCCAACUCCCAGGGCUCCUCCCUGCCCGUGGACACCAUGGAUGUUUUCGGAGACAUCCCUUCUCCAAGGAGGGCUGGCGAGGAGAUUCUCCAACCAGAGCCGACAUCCACCACCACGGUAGCCGCCACAGGAAAACGUCCAUCUCCGCCCGGGGACGCUGCUGCACCUGAGAGGCUCGAAGCUCUGAAAUACCAGCGGAUAAAGAAGCCCAAAAAGUCAUCCAAGGGCUCUUCGAAAUCCAGAAAACAACCCAACGGCUCUGCCUCCCAGGUUCAGCACCCUCCCAGCUCUCAGGUACUGUCGCCUGACGAAGCUGUCUGCCUCCGCAAGAAGAAGAGACACCCUCGUCAGGACCCCUUCGCCCGGCUCUCAGCGCUGAAGGACGACCUCUGCCACCGGCAGCUCCCUGAAGACCAGACAGCCAUUCUCAACAGCGUAGACCACGAUGACACCAGCGGACACGCCACCCUGCUCUAGCCUAGCGCCGGUCCCAGGAGGUGGAAUAGGAGCUGGUGGAGGGAGCUGGUGUCGCACCACGGGGGGAUGGAGGUGGUGGGAAAGAGGGGGGGACACCCCUACACUGUCACCUCUCUGAGGGGUUCAGUGGGGACAACCUGGGGGAUGCUUUGGGGAGGAUGCUUUGGGCUGGGUGUUCCUCAAAUCCACUUCUCCCCCACCCCAAACUGUUUAUGUGGGGCGGGAAGGGGGGUGUUGCACCUUGGUUUUGGAAAAGAUCUCUAGGCUUCAAGGGCAUGGGUGGAGCUUUUGACAUCUGCGUCCGCAGCACGUGUUUAGGGGGAGAGUGUGGGAUUGAGCAGCUGGCCCUCAAUCGCCGGAAGAAAUUGAAUGACACAGGGUGUAAUUAAGUGACAAGAACCUAACAACCCAGGCGGGAACUGGUAAUCCCAUGAAUCUGAUUAUGAUAAAAACAUGACCAAAUAAUCCCAGGAAAGCUGUAAUUGUGAAAAUCUCCCUGCCUCCCCCUUCCCAGCCUCCUUUGACGUGAAGGUAACAGCAGCAAAACCAUCCAUGACAUCUUUCCUUACCUAUCUCUGAAAGGGGAAAGCCAGAAAGACCCCGAGCCUUGGAAUCAAUGUGAGAUGUGAGAAAUCACCAUUUGUCUGUGUGCAAACACACUCGAGCCUCGGUGACGCGCGCUCGGCGCCGUGCGAGCACGCGGGUACGGGGCUGACGUGAUCUGAGGGUGUUUCCCCCUCCAGGUGUGGCGUGGGCCAGCUUUGAUGAGGGUGGGUUUGAUUAAUUCUGUGUAUCUCAGGCGAAUGUCCCUCAGUGCCGAAUGGUGAUGUCAUUUCUUACUGUGUGAUGUUUGAUCUCUGCCGGUGACCGCGGAGUGGGGAGACGCAGGCGUGCGAACGAGCGGGGUUUGGCUGUGUGUCCCCAAAGCCUCCGUCGGCAGGUGCUGAGCCCCGGGGAGAGCAUCUGGAAGUGCCCAGCUCUGCGGAUGGACGUGGAUGGCUCCGUGCAAAGCUAAGCCUAGUGUUUUGCGCCAGCUUGAAAUGUGUUGCCGCUGGUUUCACCGUUUUUCCCUUUUUCCUCCUGCUCCAGCCCGGAUGUGUCGGCUGUGACACCCGCCGGGGUUGUUUCCCUCCCUUUGCCCCCUGUUCCCCUCGGUAAUGCUGUUCUAACUCUUCACCAGAAUGUAUUUCCUCUUCAGAAUAGGGUAGGUUUGGUGGCUGGUGGUUUUCUGGAUUGCAUAGGCCUUUUUUUUCGGUUUGUUUUUAGCAGGCAAGGUGUAACCCGAGGACAGCUGGGCUCACUUUCCUGCUCUGCCUCCACUCUCUGACUGCGUGGCCUUGGGCAAGUCACUUGACCUCUCUGUGCCUCAGUUCUCCCAUCUGUAAAAUGGGGAUAAGUCAUAUUUAAGCACUUUGGACAAGCACUUGGUGGCCUACAGACUGCAAGUGCUAUGUAAAUGCUUAGUGCUAAUACCAAGCAAUCCCUACCUUUAAAAUAUUUAGAGUUGGUUCUUUUUCUUUUUUUUUUUUUUUGUUUUUUAGAUUGAAGUGGUAAAAUCAACCACUGCAUCCAGGUUUGCACAGUUCUUCCUCUGCGGUAAAGUGCUAAACCCUCCAGCCUGCCUGGGAAUAAAACACAGAGUGUUUCAUGUAGAUAUUCUUGCUUUGAGUGGAUUCAGGCUGUAGAAAAAGUGUCAGGAGAGCUGGAGAGCCCGCAGGCAUGUUUUUAGCCCCAGGCUCUCUAUUUGCAUAUGAAACUUUUGUUUAUUCCCAGGUAGAAUUGCCAAGAGAUUCUCUGCAAUCUCGCCUUUAAUUCUGCUUUGCCUUGGUUUUUUGCUCUUGCUGCUGGUUGAAGCUCCAAGGGCUGAGAUGUUUGGAGAAAGACGAGAGCUCUGAGUUGUGAUCUGGCUCUCCGACCACGCCACGCUUUUAGGUCGGAGCCUGUUGAUUGCUCUGCCUCCACUUACCUGGUUUUAGAGGUUGUGCUUCCUCUCCCAGCAGGAUGCUCGGGAACCUGUGACCACCAAAAGCAGAGCACCGUGUCUUUUCCAAUCUCCAUGCCCUAAGUAAGGUUUGAACCACUGGACAAUGAAUCCUCUAAAUCGAUAACCAGAUAUUUCUGAGCUUUAACAACUUUGUGUAGGUGGUCUCAAACCGUCAGCAGGUUUAUCUCGGGAAGGAGGGAGGGUCUGGCAGAAAUGCCCCUCUCUUUCCAGCCUGCACCAGGGCUUUUUAUUGACGUGACGAGUGACCUGAUGUAAGAACCUCAACUCUCAGAGUGAGAACUCAACCUUGCUAACAGUAUGACUGUGGAUUUCUUUUCUUUGGGUGUGUUUUUAGGGGUUUUCCCUAGAACCUGCUCGGAUCUGAAUUGAUUUAAUGCCAUUCUCCCGCUCUGCAGCGGGGAAAACUCUGCCUGGCUUGGCCAACUUCAGCUCACCAGUGACUCCAGCUGGGCUGCUCCUGACAGACAAGUGACCCUCGGGGCCGGGGGAGGCCUGGGGGCUCUGUGCUACCUGUGCCACGGCCAACUUGCUCUUCCUUUUGCUCUCAUUGCCUCAGCCUCUCCAACAGAGGGUUGCUUUUCCAUCUGAGUGCUUUCCAAACGAUUUACGACACCCGUUCGGAUGGGCCAGGCACUGUCUUCAGGCUCUUGAGGUUGCUACCUCAGGACUGUGCCCCAUCCCAUCUAAAGGAGCUCUAGAGGACUUGGAGCGCAGGGCAGGUUGACGGAGCAUGCCGGCUUGCUGGGUCAGUCUUUUGAGAGUUGUUUUCCUUUUGCAGGUGUUUUGAGCCACUGGGCUUUUCAUGGUCUUCGACCUUUAGAGGCUGGAGCUACAGCCCUCUCUCUUUCAGCCGUGUACCUGCCACGCUGCUGGAGUGGGAAAUCCCGCCCGGGCGCCUCGUGGAAGCAACUCCUCCCUAAAACCAUCCUUAACUCCUUUCCCUGCUAGACCGAGUUACCUUCUGAUAGACUCGGGCCGUGCUUUGGCUGACUGGCUCGCCUCUUGCUUUGGCAACCUCCUCGCUUCUCCCAGCCCUUUGGUUCCCAUGCCCUCCAGGGUUGCUCCUCUCUCCUUCUGUGGACCUGGAAACAUCGAAGCCGUGUCAGACGAUGCCAAACACUUCCCCCAUUUCACCCCCGUUUGAACUCCGUGUCGCUUUGGUGGUUUGCAAACACAGCUGCUGUUGCUGCUGCUGCUGCUUCUUCAUUUUUUUUUUUUUUAUUUUUUUUAUUUUUUUCCUUUCACGCUGCAAAAUAUAUGAUUUUUAUCUUCCUGGGCCAAACUCUCUUAUUUUCUAAGCUGGUCUGAGGUAGAUGGCUCUUUCUGUAUCCGUAACCGUAUGAUUCCUCCUUGCACGUUACGAACGCGAUGUUCCAAUAGGUCCCUUGGCAAAUCCUGGCCCACGGUGAAAAAAUGCCUCUGAAUCACUGGGGUUUGUCCCUGGGCUCUGCUGAGGUGUCAGUGCAGGGGUGCCAGCCCGGUUUUGGGGGGUCCUUGCCGGUGCUUCCCCCUGCAAGGUGGCCACGGUGGGAAUGCUCCAGCACUGGUUUCAUGCCGCCGUGGGGUUGCAGGAUUGGGGCACCCUGAGCUGGGGGAGGCAGCAUGGAGAGGUGGGUACAGGAUGCCACUGAGAUCCUGUGGAAAAGGGGUGGUCCUGGGGUGCUGUCCCCUGCAGCCUGUCCAACAAUGAGUCCUGGAGCAGGCAGGGGAAAAGGGCAGGGGAAGUGCUUUGCCUGCUUUUCCAGCAGGACUUGCUGAGCUCUCGUCCUCGUGUUUCUAAGGUGACUUUGCCGUGCAGCCCCAGCAGCGUUUUGGUUCUGCGGUGUUGACGUGAAGGAAAAUGCAAGUUAGUGAAAGGGGGGAGAGGGAACUCAGGGCUCAUUUGUGGGGCCCUAUUUCUGUGCCUGCCACAACAGCACCCACAGGCACAGGGAACGAUGACUUUGUGGGGUGGGGGAGCUGGAAGGUCCCAGGGUCUCUUCCCAGUCUGAACCUCGGCGUGGUUUGCAGUCUGCCCCCUGAGCUGAGAGGUCUCCAUGAGCCCCAGGGUGUCUGUGUGAGCAGGGGAUGCUUUUCCUGGGAGGAUUCUCAUUCCUGCUGCCCUGUGACUUGGAGGCUGCUUUUGGGCACUGGUGGGCUCCAGGCUGUUCAUCUGGUGUUUGUCAUCUUGUCAGCUGGCUCAGUGCCACCCGUUUGGAGGAAGGCUGGAGGUGAUGCUGUUUGGAUAUAUAAAUGUAAAGGGAAUGUAAAGGGAAUAACAACUUGCUGUACCUGCCUCUGGGAGUGUUGAGGACACUGGAUUUGGGCUCAGCAGCCCAGGCACGGUCCUGGCAGGGCUUAGUCAUGUCUGGUGGCAUCUGAACAUGACACACAUUCCAGAUUCAUUGCUGCUCCUACCUUGCUGUCUGUAUUAGGACAAAAUCCGCCUGGCAUUUUGGUUUCUCUUCCUGCUUCAGGCAGUGACGUAGGUUUGGGAGUUCUUGGAGUUUUGGAUUGGUUUCAGCUGUAGCUCUUGUCUGGAGGUAUUUUUCCAUAAGGCUGGACCUUCAGGGAUUUCCACAUGUCCCACAUGGGCUUGCUGCAGCCCCAGACUGAAGUCAGGGAGUUUUUGGAAGGAAAUCUUCUCAAGGAACCGGAGUAAAACCCACUGUACAUAUGAGAUAUAAAUAGAUAGAGAAGCGUAGGACAAAGGUAGAUAGGUUUGCAGAAUUCAGUAGAUUUGCAUGUUGGGGUAUGUGUGUCUCUAGGGGAGAGUUUAGAGCUGUGCUGGAGCUGGGGAUCAGGAUGGGCAAGGCAGGGAAGGGGCUGGGAGCAGCUGCAGCCUGAGGGGAAUUUGGGGAUGGAGAGGCACCAGCGUGACCUGCUCUGCGGCCCUGCUGCACACAACAGAUUGCUCUGUUUCAUUUUUUCAUCCCCAGUUUUUAGCUUUGCUUUGUUCACUGUCUGUGGCUCACCCCUGGGCCGUGACAAGGAGGAGCAGGAAGGACAGGCCCUGUGCUCUGCGUGUCCGGGGCACGUGGGGCACGACACGGGACACGACAAGGGAGGAGGAUGUCACGUUGCCUCAUCUCUGGUGCCACUGCUUAAAGAAAAAGCUGCACCAUGCGAAAACCCUUCCCUCAAGUCCCUCUAGAUGCUGCUCUCUGGUUACUCAUGUGAAAGCAUUUUGCUUUGUGUCUGUUCUUCCCAGAAAAGCGUGAGUCAGAAGGGAUGAGAGAGGGAUACAGCUAAAUUUGUCCCCUGAGCUGAGGAAUGCAGCACCGACUGUGCCAGCCGGCCACAGCAGUGCCUCCUGGGAGGGACAAGAUGUUCCUGACAGUGUCUUUUUAUUUUAAACCUCAUUAGCAGGACUUUGAGGAUCUGAGGCAGAGAGGGGAUUUGGUCACAGUGAUGCCAGAGCUGGUACUGACCCCAGGCAUGGGGGCAGCCGGGUUUGGGCUGGAUUCCCACUGCUCUCCCUGGGUAGCCCUUACAGAAAGCAGGAUAUUUACUCCUAUUUCCCCCUUUCAGCUCAAUUUGUUGGGUUUUUUUUUUAUUUCUGAGUAUCUUGACUCCUCUCUGCCCAUGUUUGUGGGAGGGAGAGGUGGGAAGUGCAGUUGUUCCUAUUCGAGCUCUGUCAGGGAACGCCUGAUCCAGGAACUGAGGGCUGGGAAGCAGCGACCAGAUUUGGCAACACUGGUGCCAGCAAAAGAAGAAACUUAAUAUUUCACUUAAUUCCCAUCAGCUGGCACAUCCCCAAGCAGGGAGGACCAGUGUGGUUGUGGGAAGGGACUGCAGAUGGGUGACUGGGAUGAGAGGGAGCCGUGUUUGCCCGUUUUCCCCAUUUUUAGGUGUUUUGGCACAGCUGGCUGAGCUCUUCUCCUUGGCAUUGUGUGGCAGCAGGAGGAGCAUCCCCAAUCCUGGGGCUCUGGCUGACUUUUGAUACGUGCAUGGAUGGAGGAAGGACCUGGGGAGGGGGUGGGCAGAGAAAGGGGGGGCAGAGGGGCUGGUCCAGGCUCGGGGGUGUUGGAUGAGGCAAGCAUGCUCUGUACAGGUACAUAAGGAUUUUUAUACUGGUUGCAGUGGGGUGGGAAAUGCAGGAUGGAGGGGCUGGCAUCCCCCAUGGAGGACAGUUUGCCCAGAUUUUGGAUUUACCAUCAAAAUGACACUUUCUCUCCCAGGAGGGCUUUUAUUCUUGUUCUCCUGAGGUUGCGGGGCUGCAAAAGAGGGUGCCCAUCUUCCCGGGUCUGAAAGCUCCUCGGAUUUCCACCCACUCCCCCCCAGCACUUAGAUUAAAAUAAAACACAAAAAAAAAAAAGACUU